CGCGGCAGAGCGUGUGAACUCGCUCAUUCGCACACUGGUGUCAGACAUCAGAGCCCGGGAGAGCAGCUUCAGCUCCAUUGAUGUCCUGGGCACGGGGAGCUACUAUGAGCAUGUGAAGAUUUCUGCACCAAAUGAGUUCGAUAUCAUGUUUACCAUGCCAGCUCCUAGAGUGGAACUGAAAAACUGUGAUGAUUCUGGUGCCUUUUAUGAUGUGAAAUUUAAAAGAAAUCCUCAAGGAAACAGUCUGGACAAAUUUUUACAGAAAGAUGGAAAAUUAGCAGCCUGUAAGAUGCUUUUGGCACUCAGAAACAUUAUUAAAGAAAGUGUAAAGAGCAUGACCAGAACAGAAAUGAAAGUGAGUGUGGAUAAAAAAAAGUCUGGAAGUCCUGCAAUAACACUUAGCAUUGGAACUUCUCCAAUGGAGAUAUCAGUGGAUAUAAUCUUGGCUUUGGAAGUUAGGAGUUCCAGCUGGCCUGCAAGUACCCAGGAUGGCCUAAAAAUUGAAAAAUGGCUAGGAAGCAAAGUCAAACAAGACUAUAAAUGGAAGCCAAUAUAUCUAGUACCCAAACAUGCUAAGGAUGGAAGGGUGCUAAAAGAAGACACCUGGAGAAUCUCUUUUUCACACAUUGAAAAGGACAUGAUUAAGAACCAUGGCAACACAAAGACAUGUUGUGAAUCUAACGGAGUAAAGUGUUGUAGGAAAAGUUGUCUGAAACUUCUGAAGCAUCUUCUGGAGCUGCUUAAAGCAAAACAUGGAAACAGAAGGGGGCUAGACAAAUUCUGUUCCUACCAUGCCAAAACUGCUUUUUUCCAAGCAUGUGUCCUUUGGCCAGAUGACAAGCAAUGGCUGCUUACAGACCUUGAGACCUGUUUUCAGAAAUUUUUGGAUUACUUUCUGGAUUGCCUAAACAACGCAUACCUUACACACUUUUUUAUUCCUACAUACAACCUUUUUAGCCGAGACCUGAUUGAUAAGGCAAGCAGUGACUUCCUUUCAAAGGAAAUUAAAUAUGAAAUAAAUAAUAGAUUCCCAAUAUUUGAACUGCAGAAUUAA